UUGUUUAGCCAGUAAUAGUGACCGCGGUUAUUGCUAACAUUGUCAUCAUCGUUAUUGCUAGUUGUAGAAUUUUUACAAUAAAAUGAGGGAAAUUGUUCACAUUCAAGCAGGGCAAUGUGGUAAUCAAAUGGGAGCCAAGUUUUGGGAGGUUAUCUCUGAUGAGCAUGGUAUUGAUCCAACUGGAACUUAUCACGGAGACUCUGAUCUACAAUUGGAAAGGAUUAAUGUGUAUUACAAUGAAGUUUCAGGUGGUCGUUAUGUUCCACGCGCCGUUCUCGUUGACCUGGAACCUGGAACGAUGGACUCGGUACGAUCUGGACCAUUUGGCCAGAUCUUUCGUCCCGAUAAUUUUGUUUUUGGUCAGAGUGGCGCUGGCAACAACUGGGCAAAAGGCCACUACACAGAGGGGGCAGAGAUAGUGGAUUCGGUGUUAGACGUUCUUCGUAAAGAAGCUGAAGGUUGUGAUUGCGUACAGGGAUUUCAACUUUUACAUUCUCUUGGUGGAGGUACGGGAUCUGGUCUCGGAACUCUAAUCAUUACCAAAGUCAGGGAGGAGUAUCCCGACCGAAUAAUGAGCACUUUCAGUGUUGUCCCAUCGCCAAAGGUCUCUGAUACAGUAGUUGAACCUUAUAACGCAACUCUUUCCGUUCAUCAGUUGGUUGAAAAUACGGACGAGUCAUUUUGUUUUGACAAUGAGGCUUUGUACGAUAUCUGUUUCCGAACGCUUAAGUUAACCACACCCACAUACGGGGAUCUUAAUCAUUUAGUAUCAGCGACCAUGAGUGGUGUAACCACCUGCUUACGUUUUCCUGGCCAGCUUAAUUCAGAUCUCCGUAAGCUGGCUGUAAACAUGGUUCCAUUCCCUCGUCUUCAUUUCUUUAUGCCUGGUUUUGCCCCCCUCACCAGUCGUGGUUCUCAGCAAUAUCGCGCUCUCACAGUUCCUGAGCUGACUCAGCAAGUUUUUGAUGCCAAGAAUAUGAUGGCCGCCUGUGAUCCGCGUCACGGACGUUAUCUAACUUCAGCGGUGAUGUUUCGUGGGCGCAUGUCGAUGAAAGAAGUCGACGAGCAAAUGUUGAAUAUACAAAAUAAAAACAGCUCUUAUUUUGUCGAGUGGAUUCCGAAUAACAUUAAGACUGCUGUUUGUGAUAUCCCACCACGUGGGCUCAAGAUGUCGGCAACUUUCAUUGGUAAUAAUACUUCAAUUCAAGAGCUUUUUAAGCGUGUGAGCGAACAAUUCACGGCUAUGUUUCGUCGUAAGGCUUUUUUACAUUGGUACACAGGAGAGGGAAUGGAUGAAAUGGAGUUCACUGAGGCUGAAUCUAAUAUGAAUGAUUUGGUUUCUGAGUAUCAGCAAUAUCAAGAAGCUACAGUGGAUGAAGUAGGCGAGUAUGAUGAGGAGGAGGAAGGUGAAGAGGCUUGAUGAUGUCAUACAUUGAUAUUUUGUAUGAUGUCAUGUGUGUAUGAUGUCAUGAAAUGUAUGAUGACAUGACACGACACAAUUUUCGAAACAAUUGUGGCAUGUUGUGUAGACGAUUUUUAAUUUUCUUAUUGUACAAACUAUCACCAGGAUAUUAAACUAAGCUUGAAAGUUUUCUUUUUAAUGAUCAUAAUGGCAGACACUUUUCAUAGUUUUCAAGGCCAGUCUAUUUUAACAGUACGAUAAAUAUUUGCGAAUAGAUUUUUUUUUGUUUCA